GGGAAAGAGAUGCCGUCUACUCACUGAGUAGGGCAAAUUCUAGAUCCUAAUGGACUGAGUGGUGCUCUCGGUGUCUUCAGCCAGGACAUGUAGCUCACCAUUGCAAGCACACUGUUCGCCGCACGACUUGCAACGAAACGCAUGAAACGCAUUAUUGCCCACGAGCCGAUGAGAAUGCCAUUUCACUAUAUGCAGAAGACCAGAUUACUGCGGACGACGGAGUUAGCUGUAAUGCCUUUGCUUCACGCGGAGUCCCCGAAGAGUGGUGGCAAGCGAGUUGCAUUCCGUGGCCAGGAGCAUGCGACACGAAAGCCUCCUGCCAGUGUCAAGACUGAGAUCAAGAACGAGUACAAACAAGCUGCAAAAGCGUUACAGUCCAGCGCUCAGCAAGACGGCGGUGGAGGUGGUGAAGCCCCUGGUGAUGAGUAG